CUCCUUGCGGCCUCUCAGAGAGCAUGCGCACAUCGGUUCAGAAUGUUGAGCAAAACGGACUAGAGCAGAAACGGAAAGACGCGCAAGCAAAUUUUAAAACAUAUUUUCCCCUUAGAGAAGUGAACGACUGUCCACUUAGAAUAUAACUUAUAAAAACAUGACGGAGCCCCAGUCAGCACUGUUACUCAGGAGACAGCUAGCAGAACUGAAUAAAAAUCCUGUGGAAGGUUUCUCAGCCGGUUUGAUAGAUGAUAAUGACCUCUACAGAUGGGAAGUGCUAAUUAUCGGCCCUCCUGAUACACUUUAUGAGGGUGGUGUUUUUAAAGCCCAUCUUACGUUUCCCAAAGACUAUCCUCUCAGGCCUCCUAAAAUGAAGUUCAUAACAGAAAUAUGGCAUCCAAAUGUUGACAAAAAUGGUGAUGUUUGUAUUUCGAUAUUGCACGAGCCAGGGGAGGAUAAAUACGGCUAUGAAAAACCAGAAGAGCGCUGGCUCCCCAUUCACACCGUAGAGACCAUCAUGAUUAGCGUCAUCUCAAUGCUUGCUGACCCCAAUGGAGAUUCCCCUGCCAAUGUUGAUGCAGCAAAAGAGUGGAGGGAAGACAGACAUGGUGAAUUCAAAAGAAAAGUAGCCCGCUGUGUAAGAAAGAGCCAAGAGACUGCCUUUGAGUGAUAUUCAUCUAGCAGCAUGUAGCUUCACUAUUUUCAGGGUCUCCAGUUGAGAAACAACAUGGCACUGUUUUCUUGCACUCUACCACCCUAUUGCUGGACUGGUUUUCAUUGAAUGUUGGCAGUAACAGACUGGCAUGAAUAGGCUGCAAAAGAACAUAAAGCCAACACAGAUGCUGACAGAACAUGCCAAGCAAGUGCCAACAAAAAGAGAAAACAACCUAAACAAUUGUUUUUUUUGUUGUUUUUUUCAAGUCUAUGAACUGAUACAACUUUUCAGGAAGAUAUUGUAAAGAUGUGUACAUAGCACAGACAUAAAACCCGGAUAAUAUAUAAUAACUUGUUCCAAUCCAUCCAGCAAGACUUGGUACCAAAUCAAAUAGCAAUUCUGUA